AUGGCCGCCAAUCCUCGUGCAUCCGGGCGGCAAUCGCGGCCGCCGAGGCAGAACAAAACUGAUAUCCGCCACCAGAAGCGGAAGCGAGAUCAUGACGACUUGACAACGUUGGAGGAGGCCAUUCGCGAACUGGACCCCAAGAAUACCGAAAUCAAAAACUUUUCCGACCUCCCACUCUCGAGAGCCACUACCAAAGGCUUGUCGGCCACCCACUUCCAGACCCUCACCGACGUCCAGGCACGUGCGAUCCCGCUGGCGCUGCAGAACAAAGACAUUCUCGGCGCCGCCAAGACUGGCAGUGGCAAGACGCUCGCGUUCCUAGUGCCACUGCUGGAAAAGCUGCAUAGGGCGCAGUGGACCGAACACGACGGUCUCGGCGCACUCGUCAUCUCGCCGACGCGCGAGCUGGCGGUGCAGAUCUUUGAGGUGCUCCGCAAGAUUGGCCGCUACCACAGCUUCUCGGCCGGCCUCAUCAUUGGCGGCAAGAAUCUCAAGGAGGAGGCGGACCGCCUGACACGCAUGAACAUUCUCGUCUGCACGCCUGGUCGCAUGCUGCAGCACCUCGACCAGACGGCCGGCUUCGACGCCAACAACCUGCAGGUGCUAGUUCUCGACGAGGCGGACCGCAUCAUGGACAUGGGCUUCCAGUCGGCGGUGGAUGCACUGGUCGAGCAUCUGCCCAAGGAGCGCCAGACGCUCAUGUUCAGUGCAACGCAAAGCAAAAAGGUCUCCGACUUGGCCCGUCUGAGCCUCAAGGACCCCGAAUACGUCUCGGUACACGAGGCAGCCGUCUCUGCCACCCCGACAAACCUGCAGCAACACUACAUCGUCACCCCCCUACACGAGAAGCUCGACACAUUAUAUGGAUUCAUCAAAUCGUCGCUCAAGAGCAAGAUUAUGGUUUUCUUGAGCUCCGGCAAGCAGGUUCGCUUCGUUUACGAAAGUUUUCGGCACCUCCAGCCCGGUAUCCCGCUACUCCACCUUCACGGCCGACAGAAGCAGGUUCAGCGACUCGAAAUUACGAACCGAUUCGCAGAGGCCAAGCAAGCCUGUCUCUUUGCCACAGAUGUCGUCGCACGUGGAAUUGACUUCCCGGCUGUCGACUGGGUAAUUCAGGUUGACUGUCCCGAGGAUACCGACACCUACAUUCACAGAGUGGGCCGUACCGCCCGAUUCGAGAGCAACGGUCGCGCUGUGCUGUUCCUCGAGACCUGCGAGGAGGAGGGCAUGAUCAAGAAGCUGGAGCAAAAAAAGAUUCCGAUCGAAAAAAUCAACAUCAAAGAGAAGAAGAAGCGCAGCGUCAAGAACGACCUGCAAAAUAUGUGCUUCCAGAACCCAGAUCUCAAAUAUCUCGGCCAAAAAGCAUUUAUCAGUUAUACACGGUCCGUCCAUCUACAAAGAGAUAAAGACGUCUUCAAUCUCAAGAAGCUGGACCUGGAUGCCUAUGCGUCCAGCUUGGGUCUUCCCGGUACACCGCAAAUCAAAUUUCAAAAGGGCGACGAUAUCAAGAAGAUUAAGAACGCCUCCAGACAAGGAAUGUCCAGCGAUUCAGAGUCGGAUAUGGAUCUGGAUGGACCCAAGAAGACGAGAAAGAAGAACGAAGUCCGCACAAAAUAUGACAAGAUGUUCGAGCGAACUAACCAGGACGUUCUCUCUGCUCAUUAUAGCAAGAUGGUGGUGGAUGGCGACAAGGCUGCCGGUGAUGACUCGGAUGACGAAUUCCUGUCUGUUAAGCGUCGUCUAGAUGACGACGACCUGGACGCUGAGUCCAGAAAGGCGAACCCGAAUGGUCCCAAGGUCAUUUACGGCCUUGGCGGUGAGGAGCCUUACGUGAUCGAUUCCAAGCGCCGCGAAAAGGCGCUGCAGUCCAAGAAGAAGAUGCUCAAGUUCAUGGGCAACUCCUCCAAGCUCGUCUUUGACGACGAUGGCAACUCGCAUGAGAUUUACGAGCUGCAGCGCGAGGAGGACUUCAAGUCAGCCGGCGACGCCGACACCCAGCGCGCGCAGUUCCUCGAGGGCGAGACGGAGCGCGUGCGCGCCGCCGAUGCCGACGACAAGGCUCUGGCCAAGCAGAAGAAGCGGGAGAAGAGGGAAAAGCGCAAGGCGCUGGAGCGCGAGGAGCGCCAGGGCGGUGCCAGCGGCGGCGACGGCGAAGAGGACGGCGACGAGGCGCCGCAGUUGGUCGGCGGCGGGGACAGCAACGAAGCGCUCGAGUUCCUGCGGUCGCUGCCGAUUGCGGGCGAGGACGACAGCAGGGAGGAUGAGCCGCCCAAGAAGAAGACCAAGAAGUGGUUCGAGGACGGCGAGGACGACGGUGAGGACGCUGGCAGGCCGAAAAAGAAGAGCAAGAGCAAGAGCAAAAAGGGUGGCAAAGUGUUCGAGGUGGACGAGGAGCCCGAGACGCUGGAAGAUCUGGAGAAGCUGGCCACUGGCCUUCUGGACGGAUGA